GGGCCCUCCGGGAGGGAGGAGCAGCGCUGGCUCGGCCCGCCUGCAGCGGCAUCCGGCUCCCGGGGAUUCUUCGCGCCGCUUCAGGUGCUUUCUUGGGGCCAAGCUCGAGGUUUCUCCGGUCCCGUGCAUGCAUUUACCCGGGAGUGACAAAUAGGAAAAGGCCGCGCUGCGUCCGACAGGACUUGCAUAGCAUCCCAGGGAGCGGCUGUUGCAACGAUAAGCCUGUGCAGCGCGGAGUCCGGCGGCUACAAGGCUGUGUGUACAUGCGAUGGCUUUAAAGCACAUAUAUUUUUCAUCGCGAAGGAUUCUGGCUACUGUAGUUUAAGGGCUGGUGGGGAUGGGAAGUCAGGGAAGGGUAAACUGCAGAGGAGCCCGGAAUCAGAAAGUGGGUGCCUCAGGUUUGCUUUAGAAACGCUGCACUGUAGCUUUAGGGUGAACCCCUUAGCAUGUUUGGAACCAGGGCAGGCUACUGAUACACAAUGAUCUCUGUGCUGUUUUUCCUGCGCUGCAAGGGGUCGGGCUAGAUGACCCCCUGAGAUCCCUUCCCAUCCUACAGCUCUUUGACUCUGCUGCCUUUCAUAGCUUGUUGGCAGAAGCUUGCAAGGAGACACUGAGAUUUCAAAAGUCGGCAACGGGCUUUAGAGCCCCAUGUGCUUCCCACAGGCUCUUAAUGCAGGGGUAGGCAAACUAAGGCCCUGGGGCAGGAUGCGGCCCAAUCACCUUCUCAAUUGGAAUUAGCAUGUUUUUACAUGAGUAGAAUGUGUCUUUUUAUUUAAAAUGCAUCUCUGGGUUAUUAGUGGGGCCUGCCUGGUGUUUUUACGUGAGUAGAAUGUGUGCUUUUAUUUAAAAUGCACCUCUGGGUUAUUUGUGGGGCAUAGGAAUUUGUUCAUUCCCCCCAAAAAAAUAUAGUCCGGCCCCCCACAAGGUCUGAGGGACAACGGCUGAAAAAGGUUGCUGACCCCUUAAUGCAUCAAAGUCCUCCUGAUGUCAGAGGGAGUAAGUCUUGCAGCUCCCUGGAAUUAAAAAGCACUCACACGCCAGCCUCCUUCCUCUGCUUGUUGUUUGUGUCACUUGUCCAGUGUAACUGAUCAAACAGGAAGGAGAAGAGAAGCACCAUCUGCUCUCCUGUGAUCAGAGAAAAAGUGUGGAGUGCAAAUGUGCUUCUAAUGCAAAACGAUUUCAACUGAGGUGCAAAAUGCAUUCAUAGUGCCAGUGUGUGAUUUCUUGAACACAGUGCAAUUGCUGAUUGCUCAGGGGCAGAAAAUCCGAAAGAAGAGCGGAUGAAGAUUUGAGAUUUCUUGUUGACAUGGCUACAACUCGGGCUUUAACGCUCAUGUUGGAGCUUUUUCCUGUGGAUAAGUGGGCAGUCGUUCCCUCUAUUUCUAAUGUUCAGGCUGUGGGAGGGCUGAUGUUUACAGCAGUACAAAAAGCAUUUCUGAAAACAUAAAACAGGGCAUUUCGUACAAACAAAAGAGGCGUCAAAACAAGGAGGUAUGUUCCAAGCAGAAACUGCAUGCUUUGUCUUUGCAGAGUUAAAGGAUGCAGGGCUCUUUAUAAUGCACAUAAAGGGGGAAAACUAAGAGAGCUACCAGUAACUUGGGAGCUAACCAGAACAUGUUCAGCCGGUCAGGAUACCAAGCGUUGCCAUUAGGAGACACUGACCAGUACCAGCAGUCGGGCAACUGGCCAGAUGAACCUCGGAAGGCUUUCUUUCCACCCGGUCGCACAUGGAACACACUGAAGCUGAUGCAGAAGGGAACAGGUAAGUGGCUGGGUUUGAAGAUAGGAGAAAAGUCCAACUGGAUCAGAUCAAAGUCUGCAUCAGCCCUGUCCCAGAUAAGCUAAUCAGAUGCCCUGGGGAAGCCUACAGGGAGAGCAUGCAAGCGAGAGCCCUCCUUUACUCUUUACUAUGACAAGUGAAAAGGAUCCAGGGGUCUUAGGAGAGCACAAGCUUAACAUGAGCCAACAGUGUGAUGCAGCAACAAAAAAGGCGGAUGCUAUUCUCAGCUGCAUCAACAGAAGUAUGGUGUUCAGCUCAAGGGAAGUAAUAGUACCCCUCCAUUCCACCUUCGUAAGACCACAGCAGGAAUAUUGUGUCCAAUUCUGGGCACCACAAUUUAAGGAGAGUGUUGAUAGGCUGGAACAUGUUCAGAGGAGGGUGACUAAGAUGAUCAAGGGUCAAGAAGCCAAGCCUUAUGAGGAAUGGUUGAAGGAACAGGGUAGGUUUAGCUUGAAAUAGAGGAGACUGGGAGAAGAUAUGAUAGCCAUCUUCAAAUAUUUAGAGGGCUGUCACAUGGAAGUUAGUUUGAUCCCACUUUGGAGGGUAGGAUUCGAACCAUUGGCUUCAAGUUACAAGAAAAGAAAUUCCAACUAAAUACCAGUAAGAGCUGGUCAACAGUGGAAUGAUCUCCCUAGAGAGGUUGUGGACUCUCUUUCCUGGUGGUUUUUAAGCAGUGGUUGGGUGGCCAUCUGUCAUGGAUGCUUCAGCUGAGAUUUCUGCGUUGCAGGGGGUUGGACUAGAUGACCCUGGGGUCCCUUCCAACUCUAUGAUUAUGUGGUGUGGAUUGGAGAUACUGUACUGUUGUCUGUGCUAUGGUAACUUUUUUAGGUUAGAUUACUGCAACCUGUUUAUACGUAGGGCUGCCCCUGAGGACAGUUCAGAAAAUCCAGCCAGGGCAGAAGUAAGCAGCCAGCUUGAUCACUGGAGCAAGAUGGUUUGAGCAUAUUGCACCAAUCUUGGCCAAACUGCAGUUGCUGCCAAUUAGUUUCUGGGCCCAAUGGAAAGUGCUGGUUCUGACCUAUAAAGCAUGCGUAGGCAAACUAAGGCCCGGGGGCUGGAACCGGCCCAAUCGCCUUCUAAAUCUGGCCUGUGGGCGGUCCGGGAAUCAGCAUGUUUUUACAUGAGUAGAAAUGCAUCUCUGAGUUAUUUGCGGGGCAUAGGAAUUCAUUCAUUUUUCCCCUUCAAAAUAUAGCCUGGCCCCCCACAAGGUCUGAGGGACAGUGGACCGGCCCCCUGCUGAAAAAGUUUGCUGACCGUUGCUAUAAAGCCUUAAAUGGCUCAGGGCCACGAAACCUCAAGGACUAUCUCUCCUCAUAUGAAACUUCCCGGACCCUGAGAUCAUCCUCUGAGGUCCUUCUUUGUGUGCCUCCACCACUAGAGGUCCAGAGGGUGACAACACGAGAACAGGGCCUUUUCUGCAGUGGCUCCCCGUUUGUGGAAUGCUGUCCCCAGGGAGGUUUGGCUGGUACCUUUAUUAUACACAUUUAGGCACCAGGCAAAAAUGCUCCUCUUCAACCAGGCCUUGGGCUGGUUAAUAUUCUAUGGCCUUUUAAAUAUUUUUGUGCAAGGAUGGUGUUUUGUUUUGUUUUUGUUUAGACUAUUUAUUUGUGCUUUUAUCCUGUAUCUUGUGAACAGCCCUGAGAUCUUCGGAUGAAGGGAGGUAUAUAAAUUCAAUGCAUCCCUACAUUAGGCUGACCAGAUGGAGACCCGGCCCUGCCCUUCAGAGGUCCUGCCUUUGGGCUGCCCAUGGAGGCAUCUGCCUGGCCCCUGUGAGAACAGGAUGGACCAUUGGCCGGGUCCAGGAUGUGGCCUUCUUGUGUUCUUCUACGCACACCACACAUUGACAGCACAUAGCUUCCUGCGAACAGUAGUUUGUAAAGGGUGCUGGGAAAUGGUGCUGUGUGAGGGAUAAACUAUAGUUCCCAGGAUUUUGGGGGGGUGCUUUGUGAAUGUGCAUUAAUUAGUUUGCUUCUCUUUGUUUCCCUCAGAUCCCCCUCAAGAGUGUUUGUCAUGGGUUUGCCAUGGGGUGGUCACCACUUUUGUGUUGCUGGUCACAAUCCUCCUCUUCCCCAUCUCGGCCUGGUUUGUUCUGAAGGUAGGAACUGGAGAUGGGGAGACCUGAAGCCUGUUUGCUUUGGGUGGGUGGGAGGGAGGUUCCAACCAAUCAGUUUCAUCUCCCUUGCAAAUCUCUCUUCUGCAAGAUUAGCCCUAAUGCAGGUCACUGACAUUGCUAGUGGCCAUCGAGAGCCCUCUCCUCCAUUUGUCUAAGGCAGAAAUGUGGCAUGUAAGAAUCGGGUGCAGUCAAACAUAACAUGGCUAGAUUAGACAUCAAGGUUGUCUCAGUCCUCUAGCCGGAACUUCCUGCUUUCCAGGACUGAGACAAAACUUCCUAUGUGUAACGAGAUGGACGUAGCCUCUCCUGAAGUAGAAAGAACCAGAAGCGCAGGCUGGCGACCAUCUUGUCUUCUCUUGUCUCUGUCGAUGCCAUCUUAACAACAGCACUACAGUGAUGCCUCGGGAUGCGAACGGGAUCCGUUCCGGAGCCCAGUUUGCAUACUGAACAGAAUGUAAGACGCAUAGCUGUCAACCUUCCCUUUUUUUUUGCGGGAAAUACCCUUAUUCCAGCUCCGUUUCCUGCUGCUAUCCCAGAUUGUUAGAUAUCCCGUAGAUCCCGUAGAUCUGCUGAUCCCUUAUUAGAGCUGCUGAUCUCUUACUAGGGCUGCUGAUCCCUUAUUUUCAAAUCUGAAAGUUGACAACUAUGGUAAGACGCGACAGUGCGUGCACAGGUCGUGUUUUGCCGCUUCCGCACAUGUGCAUGACCUCAUUUUGAGCGCAUGCGCGAGCGGCGAAACCUGGAAGUAACGUGCUCCAUUACUUCUGGGUCGCUGUGGAGCGCAACCCGAAAGCGCUCAACCUGAAGCACAUUCAACCCGAGGUAUGACUGUACUGAAAUGCACCUUGGCUCCAGGCAGAGAGAAGAGAAGGGGGGCUUUCUCCCAUAAGGAGAUAGUCACCACAUUUAAACUAUGUUCUAACCUUUUAAGUCUGCCUUCCAGGAAUCUUUGUGUGAACAGAUGAUUAUUUGUGAGUAAACGUUUUAUACUUUGCAGAAGACUGUGUAGCGUCUUAUUUUAGGAGGGAUUAAACGGGGGAAAUACCAGGAAAUAUUUACAGAGACUCUGACGAGUCUGAGCAAGCUAUCUGCUGUGUGUGUGUUUAAAAGGGGAAUGUUAACUCUGCUGAUUUUGUUGAGCUUGUACAGACAAGUUGGGAUAGGAUAUCUUAGACAAUAUAUCCCCCCCCCGCAUCCCUAAACAAUCUCACAAGAAACACCUGAAAUAUUUUUCAAGCAGAGGUUUGACUUUACCAGAUCACAGGGAGCUGCCUUAAACCAGGCCAGACUAUUUAUAUGUUGGGCCCAGUAUUGUCUACUCCGCAGGGUGGGAAUGGAAAGAGCCUUCCUUUCGUUUACAUUUGCACCUCUCAGUACUUCUCUUUCUAUUUCCUUUCCAGAUAGUGCCUACUUAUGAGCGAAUGAUCAUGUUCCGUCUGGGGCGGAUCCGAGCCCCCCAAGGGCCAGGGGUGGUUUUGGUGCUGCCCUUUAUUGAUCACUGGCAGCUGGUGGACCUCCGGACACGGGCCUUCAGCAUCCCACCAUGCAAGGUGAGUUGCUGCCACCUCGAAAGAAGCUUCUCCAAAGAGCGAGGCUGCCCUGGACACCCAAGGGAGCCGGUUGGGGCGAAAGCUCAGAGCAGUGCAGGAGAGGGGGGCGGGGAGCAACAGUGGAAAAUGAAACUGCCUCCCUCCAAUCAGCCCAUCAGUGCUGGGGUGGGGAACCUGUUGCCCUCCAGAUGUGAGACUACAACUCCCAUCAUCCCUGACUCUUGGCCAUGCUGGUUGGGUCUGAUGGGAGCUCUAGGAUGAAGGAUGCUAUAGGGCAGUGUGGUCCCCAGAGUGGGCAGUAGGGUCCCAGGGGGAGGCAGGUAAGGAGGUGCAAAUGAUUACCAGGCUUUGAACAGCUGGAUCAAGUUUAUCAGUUUUGUUGAAUUAAUUGUGCUAAUUAGUUUAAAUUGGAUUUUGAAUAAAUGUGCAAUUUAUAGAUACUGUUUUGAAUUUUAAUAUGCUAUUAUCUUCCUUAGUGGGUUGUGCAAACCACUGCUCUGAAUAAUGUUUUUCUAGAGUGGGGAAAGGGCACCGGGGAUGAGUUUAUAGAAGCAAGGAGACAGCAUCCCCCCAAAAGUUUGAGAACUGCUGGUACAAGCGGUUUAUUUAUUUCCACUGCGCUCAAAGGAAUUGCUCAGGGAAAGUUUCCCUGUGAGGAUCACAAAGUUCACUGCGACUGUCUCUGGCCUUUACAGCUAAUGUCUCGGGAUGGAGCGUGGGUCUCUGUGGGGGCUGAUGUCCAGUUCCGUGUUUGGGAUCCGCUGCUGUCAGUCAUGAUGGUGAAAGAUCUCAACAUUGCCACGCGGAUGACGGCCCAGAAUGCCAUGAGCAAGAUUGUACUUAAGAAGUACCUGCGGGAGAUUCAAACAGAGAAGCUGCGGAUCGCAGACCAGCUCCUGGUAAUAAUAUCUGCUAAUCUCUCUCUCUCUCUCUCUCUCUCUCUCUCUCUCUCUCACACACACACACACACACAGAGAGAGAGAGAGAGAGGUGAGGCUGGGACUCUGCUUAAAAAAGAGAGAGUGUGUUGGUGUUUCCUGUGGGCUGGCUUGACUGGCGCCCGCCUCUCGCUCCCUAGCAACGUGGGCUGGGUUGUGGGGAGAGAGGGAGGGGAAUGCUGGGGGUGGCAGUGAGCAGAAGGAAUAUCUGCAGGGGCAGCAGGUCAUGUGAAGGAGGAAAUAUGAGGGGCAGAACACACACAAGAGACAUGGCUCCUUCUGCCACGGCGAGAAAUCCCAAGGCUACCAGGGGGUGGGGAACCACACACAUCCCCUCACUGCCCCCUUUGCCCUGGAUGGAACUGUUCACCCUCCUCCCAAAAGCAGGAGGCGGACCUCUCUUCCUGCUUGGGGAGGAACACUCUGCACAUGGUCAGAGGCACUCUGAUAAUUUCUGAUUUUAAAAAAUACCGUAUUUUUCGCUCUGUAAGACACACUUUUCCCCUCCUAAAAAGUAAGGGGAAAUGUGUGUGCAUCUUAUGGAGCAAAUGCAGGCUUCGUACGGCUAUCCCAGAAGCCAGAACAGCAAGAGGGAUCACUGCAAUAGCCAUGCAAAGCCUCUUCAGGGCAUGGGGAGCCUUCCUCCCACUGCCCUGAAGAGGCUUCACAUUGCUUUCGCUGAAGCCGGAACAGCAAGACGGAUCGCUGCGCGGCAAUCCCUCUUGCUGUUCUGGCUUCUGGGAUUCAGAUUUUUUUCCCUCUUGUUUUCCUCCUCCAAAAACUAGGUGUGUCUUAUGGUCUGGUGCAUCUUAUAGUGCGAAAAAUACGGCAUAUAUCUUUGCUUUCUGGGGCUCCCAGAGGCUGCUGCCCCAGCCGCAAAUGGGGCACGGUUGGUAUUAUACGCUGCCCCUCCGUAUCCUUCCAGAGGGGUCUCAAGCGUGCUCGGGUACUGCCUCAUCUCCCCUGUGGUUCCCUUUGCCUGGCUCCCGUAGCCCCACUCUGAGAUGACACCUUCUUUCCUUCUCUCCGUCCCUCCCACGUGCCCUUCUGCCCAUUCAUUCCCUUGCCAACUGCGUGAGGGAGCAGAUUUUGUGCCCCCUCGCCUGCUGAGACCAUGCUCCCCAGAUCCCCAGGCAAGAACACCCCCCACACACAAACACCCCAGCCCUCUCUCAGGGAGCCACGUCCCACUCACCCCCACCACCGGCACUCUAACUCCUGAGAGCACAGCACAGAGCGGGAAGGAAGGCAAGGAAGCUUGGCUGGAGAAAAAGGAGGAAGAGGAGGACAAGAUGGCGCUGCUCAGGCUUGGCCUUUGAGACUGGCCUUGGCUGCUGCUGCUGCGUCCGAGGCUGUGGAGAAAGGCCUUUCUUUCUCGGCCUGCAAUCCACGAGAAACAAUCCCGCAAUUGACUCCUCGGUUGUGAUCGACGUGUUGGACAUGCCUGGACUAGAUGACCCUUUAGUUCUCUUCCAACUACAGUGGUACCUUUGGUUACCUCUGGUUAAUUCGUUCCGGAGGUCCGUUCUUAACCUGAAACUGUUCUUAACCUGAAGCACCACUUUAGCUAAUGGGGCCUCCCGCUGCUGCUGCACAAUUUCUGUUCUCAUCCUGAAGCAAAGUUCUUAACCCGAGGUACUAUUUCUGGGUUAGUGGAGUCUGUAACCUGAAGCGUCUGUAACCUGAAGUGCAUGUAACACGAGGUACCACUGUGUACAAUUCUACAAUUCCAUGAAGAUCUGCAGGGUCCCAGUUUUCACAUGCCCUUGAUCUAAAUUCCCUGCCUUCUCUUCUUUCUAGGUGGAAAUCAAUGACAUCACCAGGUCUUGGGGCCUUGAGGUGGACAGGGUGGAACUGAUACUGGGAAGCGUCCUCCAGGCGUCCCAGGAGAAUGUCCCACAGGCGCCGGGCUCAAGGCCUUCAAUCCCGGGACUGGAAGGUCUGGACAGCACCAUUCAGCAGCUGGCUCUUCAGUUCUUUGGCAAGACCCUGGCGGCUGCAGCCACCAGUCCAAAUGGAGAUUUUGAGACAGGUGACCACAUGUCAGCUCCCCAAGCAUGACUUAGUAAAAUAAUAAUAUUAAUAAUUUCUUAGGGCAGCCAGUCCUUACUGUUUAUCCCUAGUCACUCCUUAGUGUAAUACCAUUGUAAUACAACAGUGUAGUGUUGGGCUUGGACUAGGGAGACCUCAACUGGAAUCCUUGCUUGGGUCAUGAAGCUCAUGGGGCAACCUUCAACCAGCUUGCAACAAAACAAAAGGAGCGUGCUGGAUCAGGCCAGUGGCCCCUCUAGUCCAGCAUCCUGUUCUCACAGGGGCCAGCCAUAGGACCUGUGCCCUGGCCUCUUCAGGGCAGGUAAAGUUUUCAAAGGUUAGCCCCAUCAGUUCUUUCUGACCAGAUGCCUGUAGCAGGCUCCAAGCUCAAGAGCCCUCUCCCCUCCUUGUGGAUAUUUUCACCCCCUCCCAUUGCAAGAAUCUCCUGACAAUGUUUUUGGAAAGGAGGGGGCGGAAACUGCUCUUCCUGCCUGACUCUGUGGGAGUCUGAGUGUUAUCUAUGUAGUAAUUAGAUGGCUGAGUGAGAGCUGUAACACUCAUGCAAACCAGUACAGUGGUACCUCUGGAUGCGAACGGGAUCUGUUCCGGAGCCCUGUUCGCAUCCUGAAGCGAACACAACCCGCGCAGGUCGCUAUUCGCCGCUUCUCCGCAUGCGCGUGACGUCAUUUUGAGCGUCUGCGCAUGCACAAGCGGCGAAACCAGGAAGUAACGCGCUUCGUUACUUCCAGGUCGCUACGGAGUGCAGCCCAAAGAUGCUUAACCCAAAGCUACUUCAACCCGAGGUAUGCCUGAAGCUCUUUAGUUUUAGUUUGCGGUAGCUAUUAGAAAAUAAAGAAGUUAUGCUUCACAGCUUUCUUCCGUCUUGUUCAUACUCUGCUGAGUUUGGUGCUUACAACUCACAAUUGUGGGUCCACUGCACUUAAGACCUGAUUUCCAAAAGUGGAAGGUCUCUGGAAGUGUGAUGAAGAGCCAGUGUGGUGUGGUGGUUAAAAGCAGUGGACUCGUAAUCUGGUGAACCGGGUUUGAUUCCGCGCUCCUCCGCAUGCAGCUGCUGGGUGACCUUGGACUAGUCACACUUCUCUGAAGUCUCUCAGCCUCACUCACCUCACAGAGUGUUUGUUGUGGGGGAGGAAAGGAAAGGAGAUUGUUAGCUGCUUUGAGACUCCUUCGGGUAGUGAUAAAGCGGGAUAUCAAAUCCAAACUCCUCCUCCUCCAGUUCGCCCAGCCCAGUCGGGGCAGAACCAGUUGUUGAGCCCAGUCGUUGGCAUUGGCUCAAAGGCAGACUGACACUCUUGUGGUUUCCAGCAACUGGUACCCAGACGCGUUUACUGCCUUCAACAGUGGAGACAUGAGCUCUACCACCUUUUCAACAAGCCUUUUAAAGAAGAGAUCUUUCCCAGUAUGUGUCGGAAUUGUUUUUAGAUGUGCCACUUGUGUGUGGAAAACCCCCGAGUUCCUUUGUCGGGAGGAAGGUCGCGAUAUGGAUUUGAUAAUGAUAAGGAUCAUAAUUCAUUAAUACCACUGUCUGUCCGUAGACAAUGGCCAUGCUCUCUGGGGCUGAUGGGAGUUAUUCUGCAUCUGAGAGCCAGUGCAGUGUAGUGGUUAUAGCGUGGGUAGGCAAACUAAGGCCUGGGGGCCGGAUCCGGCCCAAUCGCCUUCUAAAUCCAGCACACAGACAGUCCAGACAUCUGUGUUUUUACAUGAGUAGAAUGUGUCCUUUUAUUUAAAAUGCAUCUCUGGGUUAUUUGUGGGGCACAGGAAUUCGUUCAUUUUUUUUUUUUUCAAAAUAUAGUCCGGCCCCCCAGAAGGUCUGAGGGACAGUGGACUGGCCCCCUGCUGAAAACGUUUGCUGACCCCUGGGUUAGAGUGUCGGUUGAGGACCCAGGACAAACCAGGGCUCAAAUCAAUCCUCCACUCAGCCAUGAGUGGGUGACCUUGGGGCCAAACCCUGCCUCUCAGCCUAACCUACCUCCCAGGGUUGCGAUGGGCAUUCAGUGAGGAGGAGAAGGAGGGGGAAACCAUGUAUGCAGCCUCAAGCUCCUUGCAGGAAAGGGUGGGAUAUAAAUGCAACAAAUAAUUAUAAGCUGGAGGAGGGCCCUGCUUUGGCCACGCCUGCUAUAACCUACGUACCAAUUGCCCUUUUUCUCCAGCUGAACAUGUGGAAGUAAAGAACGAGAUGGAGGAGCCACUGCAUGCUGUCCACACAGAGCCAGGCGGCAGCAGUGAAGGAAGGAGGUUUAAAGCUGAGGAGCACCUCUCCGCGUUGGAGCGUUGCUUGUCCGAAUCCUUAGUGAACCAGGUCAAGGCUUGCUACCAGAUCAAUGUCCGGCUGGCCAGUGGAGCAAAGACUACUACUUAUUUCAUUGAUCUCUCUGCAGGUCAGUUUCUUUUGUUGAAUGAAGCCAUUGACAAAGGCCCUCUCCUGUGGGGCUUCCCUCACUCACAUCUGGAAGGUGCCGUCAGUGCAGAAUGCUGCAGCACGAUUGCUGACAGGUGUGAGGAGGCCUUGCCAGCAUAGAACACCUGUGCCCAGAGAUCUGCACUGCCUGCUGAUUGGCUGUUGGGCCAAGUGGGGCAAGUACCUACGAGAUUUCAUUGCCCCACCUAUGCCCACUUGGCCGCUUUGAAGGGCCCUGUUGCCGGGGCUACAUGAUGCCCAUUCAUAAGAAAUCGGCCUUUUAGUGUGGCGGCACCUGCACUUUGGAACUCCCUGCCUAUUGACACCAGACAGGCGCCUUUGCUAUCUCCUUUUGGCAUCUGCCAAAAACAUUAUUGUUUAGACAAGCUUGCGCCCAGAUGCUUAGAAAGUUGAUGUGAGUUUUAAGCUGUUUUUAGCCUAUUGUCAUUUUAACUUUUUGAAAGCCUUAAUUUGGUGCUGUUAAUUUUUCCUUGCUGAUAAUUUUACAGUGGUACCUCGGGUUAAGUACUUAAUUCAUUCCAGAGGUCCGUACUUAACCUGAAACUGUUUUUAGCCUGAAGCACCACUUUAGCUAAUGGGGCCUCCUGCUGCUGCUGCGCCACCGGAGCACGAUUUCUGUUCUCAUCCUGAAGCAAAGUUAUUAACCUGAAGCACUAUUUCUGGGUUAGCGGAGUCUGUAACCUGAAGCGUAUGUAACCUGAGGUGUAUGUAACCUGAGGUACCACUGUAUUGUUUUCUCUUUGUUGGGUGUUUGUUGUUUUUUACAAUCAAGCAAUGUGUACAUUUUGGGAAGUAGGUGGCCCUAAGGCAGUACAUUGGAUCCAGCCGUUGGGCUUCUCCACCGACAGCACCGAGAAAGUCUACCAAGCCUCUGAAAACCGCCAUGUUGGGCAAACCCCAGGGGGCCCACCUGUUAGUUACAUCACAUGAGAAACGGCCAAUCUGAGGUGGCCAUUUGGGUCCUCAGGACCUGUCAGGGUGGGGUGGAGUUGGGAUCAUAGAGUCUGGGCGUAACAGUGCUCUGGGUGUUUAAUAAAUAAUAAUAAUAAUAAUAUUUAUACCCUGCCCAUCUGGCUGGGUUUCCUCAGCCACUCUGGGCGGCUUCCAACAAAAGAUUAAAAAUACAUUAAAACAUCAGUCAUUAAAAACUUCCCUAAACAGGGCUGCCAGAACAGAGCAGUGUUCACUGCUCAGGCAUAAGAGGGAAUGUGCAAAUCCUAACUUUGACGUUGUGGGUUUUGUAUUUUUUAAAGGUGCAUUCUGCAGAAGGCAGAGUAGACUUUCUUGGCUGCUGUUCCAGAGGGGAAGGCUAGAACCAACGGGUGGAAAUGUCAGAGGAACAGAAUUCACCUAAACAUUAGGCAGUGACCUGGUUCUUCAGCUGUGAUUCCCACAUUGUGGGGUGUGGGACUAGAUGGCCCCUUAAGGUCCCUUCCACCUCUACAAUUCUAUGAUUUUAUGAUAGAGACACCUCCCCAAUAGUGAGAGCUGUUUGACAGGAUGGGCUCUCCUUUGCUGGAAGUAAAUAAAUAAAUAAUAAAUAAAUUUUAUUUGUAUCCCGCUCUCCCCAGCCAAAGGCAGGCUCAGAGCGGCUAACAUCAUAUAAAUAAGACAAUAUGCAUAAUACAAUAUACAAUAUGCAAAUAAAAUAACAUUCAACAUUCAUUAAAAUGAUAUAGAAUAAUAUUAAAUAUCAGCAUUUCAAAAUUAAACAGAAAUCCACUCAACGGUUACAAUAAGUAAUUUCGAAACUCCUAAUUUCUAAGUAGUUAAAGCGGUGUGAAAUUCUCUUUGGGGGGGGUUCAAGUUUUGUAUUUUGAUUUUGUUCUGUGAAACGCCCUGAGACCUCCGGGUAUAGAGCGGUAUAUAAAUUCAAUAAAUAACAACAACAACAAACAAACAACAACACAGAGGCCCACAGCAAACUCCAAGUUUAUUCAGUAAAGCAUUACUGGACACAGUCCAAAAAUCCUGUGGGAGCAUUUCUGUUAGGACAGGCACUAAUCUGGCAAAAUAUAUAUAAUGUUAGCUGUUCAUCCUCUCUCCAACCGUUUCUGCCGCCCCAGCUCCCCAUCCAACCACAGUCCCAGGAAACCCUGACUCAACCCUGACUCAGCCUGACUCAUGUUAGAACUGGAGUUGGUUUUCACUUUAGCAUUUAGCUGUUACGUUCAUCCUAAGCUAGUUCUUGCCAGCUAGUGUUCUUGAAUAUGUGACACCCACCUCACAGAUAAUGGAUUUAACCAAAAUUCCAUGUUAGCAGAGUGGUAUCAGUCAGGGAUGCUGUAGUUAAAACGCUGCCCUGAAGUUCCUGCCCUGGACUAGCAAACCUCCAACAAAUUUUCCUUUUCUAUUAUUAAGUGAACACCAGUUUCAAGAGCUGCUGUCCUGAUUUGAAUUCCUAGGCCUACUGGUCUUCCUCCCUUUUUUUUCCUGCAGGACGUGGGCGAAUAGGCCCUGGGCCGCCCGACCACAGUCCCGACGUGGUGUUGGAGGUGUCUGAGAGUGACCUGGAGGCCUUCAUUCUGGGGGAGCUCCAUCCUUUGAAUGCCUACGUCUGCGGGAGGCUUCAGGUCCAUGGAGACCUGAGUGUAGCCCUCAAGCUGGAAGAGCUCUUCAAAGUGAUGAAGCAACGAAGAUGAACAUGUUGGGAGUCCAAGAGGAGGGAUCCUUCAGUUUGCUGCCUAAGGGUUAAUUCUGUCCUCAGGAAGCCAGCUUACCCUAGGGGGCGGGAAGGUGUUGCUUGGCAACCAGACAGAGUGGCAUGAUGCUUACUGGCGUAGCAGUUCUGAGGGAGUUUUAACUCUGUAUGUUAGUUAAGCGUCUCCCUGCCUGAACUAAGAAAGACACAGCCUCUCUUCCUUUCUCCACAAAUGAUACCCAGGUUUUUUCAGUUUGCUCAGUAAAGUGUCAUCAAGACUUUUCUCUCUGGCCUCUGUCUACGUUGUUGAAGUGACUUUACUAACAGAACAAAUCCUGUGUAGUUAUUUGAGUUAGUUCUACUGCAGCAACCAGACUGUGGACUGGAUCCAGGUAUGGGGAUCAUGUGUUUUGUGUGAUGGAAACAAUUGUUCAGGAUCCCCAGUGUAUUUUCAAACUCCACAAAGUGCUGCUUAUGACCUACAGAGCCCUAAACGACUUGGGGCCUGGCUAUUGGAAGGGCCACCUUUUGCUGUACAAGUCUGACCUAUUAGUAGUACAGUGGUGCCUCGCAAGACGAAAUUAAUCCGUUCCGCAAGAGUCUUCGUCUAGCGGUUUUUUCGUCUUGCGAAGCAAGCCCAUUGACGGAUUAGCGCUAUUAGCGCUAUCAGCUGUUUAGCGGCUAUUAAAGGCUUAAAGGCUUAGGGGAUUAGCUGCUAAAAGGCUAUU